GAACUACAUAGAUCAACACGUGUUAGAUAACUGGAGUCAUGGGUGGCCAUGGUGGGCUGAAUAUCUUACCGCAGAAGCGUUGGAACGUUUACAACCGCGAUAACCGGCUCAAGGUCGCUCAGGACGAGGCGAAGGCCAAAAAGCAGGAGGAUGAGGCCCGGGAGCGGUAUGAACAAGCAGAGCGCGAGCACAGGCACCAGCUCCUCGUAAAGCGUGCGGGGACAUCGGAGGAAGGGCGAAGCGGCGAUGGGUUGCCCGGCGAGCCUUCCGCAGCACCCUUGGAGCACAUCAACUUCUGGAAGGAGGAGGAGACAAAGUUGCAGCAUCCCGAGAACGAGAAGGAGCAGCGUGAUGCCGCAAAGCGUCGAGGCAACCCCGACUUUUACACCAGUGACGCCAAGUUCGAUGAACGAUUCGCCCUGGCAUAUGGGUUAGUCGGUGACAAGCCCUGGUACGCCCAAUCACUCCAACCGGAGCAGCGCCAGCUGCGGGGCGCGG